AUGCAAAUCUUUGUUAAAACUCUUACCGGAAAGACCAUAACCCUUGAGGUUGAGUCAUCAGACACUAUCAAUCAAGUAAAAGCUAAAAUCCAAGAUAAAGAAGGUAUCCCCCCAGAUCAACAACGUCUUAUUUUCGCUGGUAAACAGCUUGAGGACGGUCGUUCCCUCUCCGAUUAUAACAUUCAGAAAGAAUCUACUCUCCACCUUGUUCUUCGACUUCGCGGAGGAAUGCAAAUCUUCGUAAAAACACUCACCGGUAAAACCAUCACUUUGGAAGUGGAGUCUUCAGAUACCAUUGAUCAAGUUAAAGCAAAAAUUCAGGAUAAAGAAGGAAUCCCCCCAGAUCAACAACGACUUAUUUUUGCUGGUAAACAACUAGAGGACGGCCGCACCCUCUCCGAUUACAACAUUCAAAAAGAAUCAACCCUUCAUCUUGUUCUUCGACUUCGCGGAGGCAUGCAAAUAUUCGUAAAAACUCUCACCGGUAAAACCAUCACUUUAGAAGUAGAAUCUUCAGAUACCAUUGAUCAAGUCAAAACCAAAAUUCAGGAUAAAGAAGGAAUCCCCCCCGAUCAACAACGUCUUAUUUUUGCCGGUAAACAACUUGAGGACGGUCAUACCCUUUCCGAUUAUAACAUUCAAAAAGAAUCAACCCUUCAUCUUGUCCUUCGUCUUCGUGGUGGUAUGCAGAUUUUUGUUAAGACACUCACUGGUAAGACAAUUACCCUUGAGGUUGAAUCAUCUGAUACAAUUGAUCAAGUCAAAACAAAAAUUCAAGAUAAAGAAGGUAUUCCACCUGACCAACAACGCUUGAUUUUCGCUGGUAAACAGUUAGAAGAUGGUCGUACCCUUUCUGAUUACAAUAUCCAAAAGGAGUCUACUCUUCAUCUUGUUCUCCGUCUUCGUGGUGGUCAAUAA